UUUUUCAAGUUUUCAUAAAAACAAUAAACAAUUGAAUUAUGAAUUAAUCACUGAUUGUCUCAUUGUAUUGAUUGUCGGCAUUAUCUUCAAUGGUCUUCAUGUCGGACACGUGUGUAAUCCAAGUGACAAACAUAGCCCCGAGUGCUACCAAUGAGCAGAUGAAGAGUUUGUUCGCCUUCUUGGGAACCAUCAAAGAGAUCGUCGUCUAUCCGGAUGAAGACUCUCCGCUGUCCGCCACCUCGAGGGUCUGUUAUAUCCGGUUCGCCGACAGUUGGAGUGUAGGCGUCGCCCAACACCUCACGAACACUGUGUUUGUCGACAGAGCGCUCAUUGUUCUGGCCGUCGAGGACGGCAAAAUACCGGACGCGGUCACAGCUCUGAGCCUUACAAGCGUUGGAUCUCUUGGCGGCGGCAGUAAUAGCGGUGUUGUGUCUCAAGUGACAGGUGUUGGUGGAGCCCAAGUGAUUACUACAAUAGAUCCACGACUAACAGCACUGGGUUUACCACAAUACCCGCCCCUUCCGGCUAAUAUGGAUCCGACAAAAAUUGAAGAAAUUCGGCGAACCGUUUACGUCGGGAAUCUGUGCUCAACGUUAUCGGCCGAACAGUUGUUAACAUUCUUCAACCAAAUCGGUGAAGUGAAGUACAUCCGGAUGGCUGGCGAUGAGACACAACCGACUCGUUUCUCGUUCGUUGAGUUCACUGAUCAGUCUUCGGUGGCAAACGCUCUCCAAUACAAUGGCGUUAUAUUCGGCGGUCGACCACUUAAAAUAAAUCAUUCAAACAAUUCCAUUGUGAAGCCACAGGCGAAGAGUUCAGAAGCGGCACAAAAAGAGAUCGAAGAGGCGAUGAAGCGGGUCCGAGAGGCCCAGUCACUCAUAUCCGCGGCCAUCGAACCGGGAUUUUCCAUGAAAUUCGACAAAAUCUUGGAAUUCGCCGGAAAGGAGAAGAAGAAGAACUCUCGAAGGCGUUCCCGAAGCAGAUCUAAAAAACGCGACGAAAAGCCAAAAGACUUGGAAAAAGUGAAGGAGAAGUCAGUUUCACAAACGUCUGAAACUGAGCCCAAACCGGAAGGGCCUGAACUGCCGCCCGAAUCGGAACCUAUUAUUGUUAUUAAGACCGAAGUCGUAGAGACUCCGGAUGUUGAGGACAAGUCCCGAUCGAAUCGCUCGCAUUCGAGAGAGAUUUCAAAAUCUCCGAAAUCCCCGUCUGUGAGUCCGCCCCGAAAGUACAGUUCCCGGCGCUCGCGAUCUCCCAAAAGGAGAUCCAGAAGUAAAGACAGAAAAGCCGAUCGCAAAGAAAAAUCGAAAACUCCAACAAAGAGUCACAAAAAGAAAAGGGAUAAAGAGAGGGAUAGAGACCGCGAUAAGGAUAAGGAUAAGGAUAAGGAUAAGGAUAAGGAUAAGGAUAAGGAUAGGGAUCGGGACAGAGAUAGGGAUAGAGAUCGACAGAGGGAUAGAAGUCGAGACCGAAAGGAGAAGAAAAAGAGGAAAAUGGAGGACAGCUCUGAACCCAGAGAUAGAACACCUAAAGAAUUGAAGGCAAGUGUUCGACGAGAUUAUGAUAAAGAGAUCGAAGAGGAAGAGGAGAAGGGAUACGACUCUAACCACGAAGAGAAAGUAUCUCAUCGUUCAAGUCAUGAGAAGUCUCGCCGAAAGUCUGUCACUCCCGACGACUAA